AUGGUAGUAAAACUUUGUUCAGGUUACGGCCAGGGCCGCGGCCAGGGCAGCGGUCAGGGAAGUGGCCAGGGCCAGGGCAGCGGCCAGGGAAGAGGUUACGGCCAGGGCAGCGGUUACGGGCAGGGCAGCGGCCACGGCCAGGGAAGCGGUCAGGGCAGCGGUCAGGGUCAGGGCAGCGGUCAGGGCAGCGGCCAGGGCCAGGGUAGCGGUCAGGGAAGCGGCCAGGGCCAGGGCAGCGGUCAGGGAAGCGGUUACGGGCAGGGCAGCGGCCAGGGCAGCGGUUAUGGUCAGGGCAGCGGCCACGGUCAGGGCAGCGGUCAGGGCCAGGGCAGCGGUCAGGGCAGCGGCCAGGGUAGCGGUUACGGUCAGGGCAGGGGCCAGGGUAGCGGUUACGGUCAGGGCAGCGGCCAGGGUCAGGGAAGCGGCCAGGGAAGCGGCCAGGGUCAGGGAAGCGGCCACGGUCAGGGAAGCGGCCACGGUAGUGGUUAAGGCCAGGGCAGCGGCCAGGGCCAGGGCAGCGGUCAGGGAAGCGGCCAGGGUAGCGGUUACGGUCAGGGCAGCGGCCACGGCCAGGGAAGUGGUUAC